AUGGACGUGAAGAAGAGUAAAAAGAAACCAGAAUUGAAUGAACAGUUAUUUGUUGGCAAUUACAUUGAUGUUUUCCAUCAAGGAAGCAAGUAACAUAAGUUGGCGUACAUUUUGUAAAAAAAUGAAAAAGAAAUUGAAAUCACAUAUGAUGGGAUAUCUAAGAAGGAUAAUGAGGUAUGAUGUAUGUCCCUUAAGAAUUCUAGAUAAUCAAAUUAUCGCAAAACAAGAUCAACUUUGCUCGUAGAUUCACUUAAAGUAAGCAAUUAUUUACAUAAAGACUACACUGGAGAGGACUUCCGACAAAGCAAGACUUCCCGCGAUUACUUGAAAUACUCGAGAGAGGAUUGCGAGAAGAAUAUCAAGGAAUUGAAUUCAAUAAUGUAAAAUAAUUUUCAAGGUCUCUCUCCAAUUGAAAUAUGUUUAUCUGUGCGUGUGAGACAAUUCAUAUGGUUGGACAUGGUGCUCUCUACCGAAUUCCCAUCAAAAGAAUUGCCUGUAGCAUUGGAAUACAUUAAAACCUACUACAACUUCAUUAAGUGGUAUUUCGAGUAGUUCCCAAAGUACUUUGCAGAUGUAAGCUAAUAUUCUCACUAACUCAGUAUAUGAGAUUCCAAAACAACUAAGAAUUGUACAUCCUAGAUGAACGAGUCUCAAUAGCAGCUUGUCUUUAGGAAGUCUGUGAAGCCUUCUGCAUGCUUUUUGGUUCCAUAUGGCGAGUGUUGAAACAAGAAAACUCCUUUUUCUACGUACUCCUAUUCAAAUUAAAUUUAAGCUAAACUACGACAAUUUGUAACAGCAAUUCGAUAAAUUCUUUCCUCCCUCCAGUUAAUAAGGGUUCGUUGUAAAUCCGAACAUCGAUGACUGGAAACUAUAUUAAGGGGCAUCAGACAUCGUUAAAUGCAUAAAGAAGACAUGGCCAUUUUAUUUGAGAACCAUGGCGUACUUUAAAUCCAUAGGUGGACUUCAAGCUUGGGAAGGCUUAUUGAAACCCUAAGAAAAUGGGGAAUAUAAUUACAUUCCUCUCAAGGCCAUGAACAGGAUAGUAAUAACACAACAAUACUUGUCCUCAUACUUCCAAUUGUCAGAUUAGGCUCAAAUGGCCAAGAAGACUUUUGAGUGGUUGUAAAAUAGAGUCAACAAUUUGACAGUCUAAGAUAUCAAGGACACAGAUAUUGAUUAAGUCAAAGAACUCACUUCGGAAUAUCAAUAUUACUUUCUGAAAGGAUUCACAGAAGAUCAACUAAAUAAAUUGACUGAUGAGAUCUAAUUGCAAUUAGCAUUGAAAUUCUUGAAGUCUUCCUUUUUGGAAAAGAGAGUGAAAGGCAUUAGUGAGAUUAAGGAUUUCACUGAGAGAUCCAAAUAUGAACAAUAGACAAGUCUUAAAUUCAGGAGUUCGAUUUCCAAAGACGAUUUGAUUAGGUGGAUAUCACAAAAUAGAAUUCUAGACUACACGUUACUGGGAGAUUCAGUUCAUCCAGAAUUAAUCAAAAGAUCAAGUGAUGUAGCUGUGUUUUUAUGUCGGAAUUAAGCAUUCCAAAUUGAUUACAUCGACAAAAUAUGGAAAAACAAUCAUGACAAACAUGAGACUACUCAACUAGCUUUGUAUGAAUUCUUCAAGAUUGUGUCCCCCUACUUAAGUUUCCAAGGAAUCGAAAAACUAUAUCAUCAUAUCUCCACCAUUCCAUACUCUAAAUACAAUGAAAAUAUUGUUAGCAUGAUUAAAACAUUCACUGAGUCAGCAUUGUCUUAGAAGUUCCACGACCAACAAUUGCAAUUGAAACCAGAAAAGAGAUUCAUGACUUUUAAUCAACUGUGGGAAUUAUUGCAAGAUAGGGACGAUCAAUUAAUUAAUAGUGUCAUUCAAGAAUAGUGUUUUUCAGCUGCCAGAAUGAUCAUCUCCUAGAUUCAAUAAACCAAAUAAUUCAUCUCAUAAUAUUUUGGCAAGUGCUUCGAAUUGAUUGGUGCUCAUCAAUCUGUCUACUAAGCUAUUAGUCUUGUGCAUUAUUUCCUCGAUAAACAAUUCAAAGAUGAUGUCAAUGGUAAAAGGGAGUUGAUCCAAUCCACUGAUGAUAAAUAUAAUAUCAUUGAACUCUUUGUUAAAGAUAUUGAAGUCUAUAUGGAAAAGGUCAGACAAUAUUUUAAGUAUGACAUCCCCCAAGACAUCGUCAUCAAUGGAGUCUAAAAGUUUAGCUAGAAUGUAUUCUUCAGAUUAUAAAUGUUGAAUUAUCUCCUUUCAUAAACACAUCUUAAGAUCACUUAUGAAUAAACUGUCAGAUUGUGGGAAGCUCUCUCUGCCAAAACUAAAGGGGGCAUCCAAAAGAGAGAAUUGAAUAAGAUCCUAAUUACCAAUUACUAAAUAGAUACCAAUUCCUUUAGGAUUUGCCCAAUCUAUUUCGAUAAAGAAGGCGAAUAGAAGUUCUUCAAGUAGGUCUUAUGCAAUCCAGACAGAAAUGAUUAUGAAAAGUAAUAUCAUUCCCCAUUUAUUAUUAGUUACACCAUUGAGGAUUUUGAAUUGUUCCAGGUCUUCUUCAAAUCAUAUAAUCAAUCUCACCAAACCUUGAAAUAUUUUAACAACUCCUCCAGAUUCUUAGUUAACGAUCACAAUUUCGAAGGGAAAUCUGCCAUUUGGAACAUAUUUGCUAAAGUCAAGGAUCAAUUAUUAUUAGAAUAAAUCUCCUACUUUAUUAUUAACCUCUACACCUAACUAAAUUCUAAUCUUGAUCAAUCAUGCGAUAAGAUCUACUAAGAAAUGAUGGACAAAUGCUUAGAUUUGAUUUAAUAGCAGUGUCCAAGCUUAACCACUAGAUCAAUUAAUCUCUUAUUGCAACUAUUCAACUACUUCUAGAGUGGUCCUCCUUCUAAGAAAUCUGCUAAACCAAUUAAUUAUACUCAUUUCAAAGUGUAGAUUUAGUACCCCAAUAAUACGGUUAAGGCUCUUGAAUAAAGAGAAGGAGACACUACCACAAUCAAUCAAUGGAAAUAAAAAUUGGCUGAAGAAUUACAAGUAGCAUACUUACAAUUGGACAUCACAAUAGAAAAUAAACCCAUUGAGUAAUAAUACGAUAUUGUUGAAACCUUCGUCUGUUAAGCCUUUUAUUAAUUAGCCACUGUGAAAGUGAAGAUUAACAACAAGAAUCACCCUAAAAACUACCUUUCUCAGGAAUAAAGAACAUUUGAGAUUCUAUUUAAAUUACUUGACAAAUAAGAGAGCAUUGAAUUUUUGAGUUAGGUUUGGGAUCUAAUAAAUAGAUUACCCAUUAAUAUUAUCAAAAAAAGGUAAGUAGAAACUUGUAAAGAUUGGAAAUAAUACUUAGAUCAUCAAUUUUUUGAUAUGUUUUAUGUCUUGCAAAUCAUAUUAAAAUUAUUGGAUAAUGAAUAGUGGAGUGAAUAAUUUAACAAUUAUGAUGGAGUAGAUUUAAUUAUUUAGAAAUUCCUAGGAUAACAAUUAUAAUUUUAAUAACGUCCUCUUGAAAUCAAAUGUUGUUUGACUUAUUUGGAAAUAUUGAGUCAUCCAUAAGUAAAAAUGAAAGAAUCUCAAUUAGCUGAAUAAAUUAAAUCAAAAAUUAUUGAAGUGAUUUAACAAUUAUGUCAAUACAUUAAGACCAAAAAAAAAUUAGAGUCUGGAUAGAGGAAAUCUCCGUAAUAAAAGGAAAUGAAUGAAAUUGAAUCCCGUCUACUCAGGAAAUGCUUUUUGUACUUGGAUGAUGAUGGAUGCAGAUAAUACAUUAAGAAUUCUGAAUUAAAUUAACAACUUUAUGCCUUCUUUGUUGAACAUGAAAAUUAAGAAUUGAAGAGAGAAUAUAGUUUAUAAUUAUUAAACAUGAAGAAUACUCCAGAAAGUUAGAUACUAAUUAAAAUACUAUUGGAGGAUGUUUUAAAGAGUGUCAUAUCAAAUAAUAAAUAAAGGUGUGAUCAUUUCUUUGAAUUCUGUUGUAAUUUAAUAUAUCAAGAGGAAAACCUGAAUAUUCAAAAAUUGAAUUUUGAGGAAUUGUUAGUCUACAUAAGGCACAACUUGGAAAAAUUACCAUACAAUGAAAACACAAUCAAGGAUUAGGAUCAGAUUUUGAUUGGGCUACUUAAAUUGUUAAAUGCAUUAAUUGAUAGAAUCCAGUCACUCUCAACUCACAAAGGGUUAUUCGAAUAAAUACUUAGUUAUUUGUUUGAAAAUGAAGGAGAAACAAGAUGCAAAUGCAAGUCGCAAUAAUCCAGGACAGCUGGGUUCAAUUGUUUCUUUACGUUAUUGAAAUCUACUUAAAAUAUGCAAAAAUUCUUAGAUGUUGUGUCCCCUCUGCAUUAUACACAUACGUGGAGAACAAAGAAUUUCAAUGAUUGGAAUAUUCAAAGUAAAUUUCAUGAGAAAUCAUCAACUGGAUAUGUUGGUCUCUAUAAUUUGGGAUGCAUUUGUUACAUGAAUUCCUUACUUCAAUAGUUAUAUAUGGUACCUGCUUUUCGUGAAAAAUUGUUACAAAUAGAGGAUAAAAGCACAGGAGCAUUAGAAGAGAAUUUAUUGCAUUAACUAAAGUGCUUAUUUUUGGCUCUUAAGCAUUCAUAGAAGUAGUAUCACAAUCCUAAGAAAUUCUGUCAUGCCUUCAAGGAUUUGGAUGGACAUCCAACAAAUAUAUUUGAAUAGAUGGAUGUUGAUGAAUUUUGCAAUUUGUUGAUGGAUAGAAUAGAGUUAAGCAUCAAAUCUACCUCUGAUGAAGACCUAGUUAAAAGAAAUUUUGGAGGAGUGAUAUCUAAUGAAAUUAUUGGAAAGACAUGUCCACACUAUUCAGAAAGAGAGGAACCCUUCUUUGCCAUUUCAUUACCAGUGGCUAAUAAGAAGAAUCUAGAAGAGUGUCUAUAAACAUUGGUUCAUGGGGAUUUACUCGAAGGAGAGAAUGCUUAUAGUUGUGAAUAGUGCAACAAAAAGGUGAGUGCUUUAAAGAGAACUUGUAUUAAAAAGUUACCUGAUCAUCUAAUUUUAGUUUUGAAGAGAUUCAAUUUCGAUUUUGACUUGAUGGCGAAAGCCAAGAUAAAUGAAAGAAUAGAAUUCCCAUUUGAAUUAGAUCUUUUGCCUUAUUCAUAAUAAGGACUGAGACAAUAGGAGAAUAGGGCUAAUCCAGAGAAUGGAUAAGAUAAUCCCUCAGAAUAUUACCAAUAUAGAUUAAGUGGAGUUGUUAUUCACAUUGGUUCAGCUGAUUGUGGACAUUAUUACUCAUUCAUUUAAGAUAGAGUUGAUUUCAACAAAUGGUAUGAAUUUAAUGAUAUAAAUGUUUCACCUGCAGAUAUCAAGGAUGUCAAGAAUGAUGGUUUCGGAGGAGUGGAUAGAAUGCUGAAAACUAAAUAUCCAAGUCAGUUUAAGGAUAAGUCAAAAAGUGCCUAUAUGUUAUUUUAUGAGAGGAUUAAACCAUUAAAUAAUAAAGAGGAAUUGAUGGACAUUGAAUUAGAUUAGAAGACUUCCUAAUUCCUAGAUGAAAUACGAGAUGAAAAUAGAAAGUUCUAGAUUUAGAGAUUUAUUUUCAGUCCUGAAUAUUUCAUGUUUGUUCAGAAUUUGAUAAAAUUUGAAUUGUAACAAAAUCAAGUCUCAGAACAGAUUGUUAAAACCUUAGUUUUCUUUUAUCUGACUUGUGCAGUAAGAGAGAACGACAAAACCUUCAUUUCCAAUAAUAUUUAGGAUAUUUAGGAGUUACUAAGAAGAGCUCCCAGUACUUGUGAGUGGUUAUUGAAAUGUUUUAAUUAAUACCAAUACAUACGAGAGUUCUAGUUUGAUUGUUCAAAGAAAAUGGUGAGAAAGUAUGUGAUCUCAUUGAUAGUGACAGCAAUUGAAACUGUAUAAAAAUAGGAAGGAUACAAAGUGUUAUAUGAAUAUACAGAUGACAAACCUAAAUCUUUGGUUGCCUCUUUGAUUAAUUCUUGGAUUCGGAUGAUUCCAGAUCUAAAGAAGAGUCUCAAAAAUUCGAUUGAAUAUUAUGAUCUGUUUUAUAGAUUCGCCAAAUUAAGUUAGUAGAAUUCUUAGUAUUUGAUUUCCAAAAAGAUAGUGGGGAAAUUCUUGGAUCUGUUUAUGGAUGCAUUAUAAAUUAAUGUAAGUAAAAUACAAAUACCAAAUAAAGAAAUUGCUAGGAAAUUGGAUGAUCUUAAAGUAAUUUAAUUUGUAGAAGAUCAAAACAAUUUCUUGGGAUAACAAAACAUCCAAAAUGUAGAUGUGGCCUCUAAUUAUUAUGAUGAACUUCUUGAGAAGAAAUUCGAAAAGUCUAUGAAUUCUGGUCCAUCUACAAGUAGAGUCUAUAUGUGGAGACUAAUUGCCUUCUUACUCAAAACUGAAGGAAAGAAUGCUUUGAGUACUGAAGAAUAAAAUCUCUUGCAAUUUGACAAUUCUACGUUGAUGGCCAUUUUGGAGGAAGGCGAUUGUAAAUUAGCAAUUAGGAUGAUAUCUGACAUUCUUUCAGUUCUAUCCUAAGAAAAUUAAAAACAAACUGAAAUGAUUAUUACAGCGAUUAUAAAAUAAAUUAUGGAUAAAGAAUACAAGGAGUACAGAAAAUAUUUGGUUGUUUUGAAGAGACUAUUCAUGUUGAAGGAUUCUCAAUAAUAAAUCAGAGUAAAUAUAAUAAAAUUAUUUAAUUAGAUUCACUAAGGAAUGAGUAGAUUAUUGGAAGUAAUGCAAAAGCAAUCUCAAUAUUUCUUUGAAACAGAUGUUUGUUAAUAAUAUAUUCUCAGGGUAUCUAUAUAAAUAUCUAUUAAUAUUUUAGAUGGUUUUCAGGAACCAUGCCGUCUAUCAAUGGAUGGUUAAGAAUCAAAGGACAUGGCAAUGGAUUAUUGAGACAAACAAUACUCAAUCAAAUCCAAAUGAGAAACUAAUAUCAAAUAACUCUAAUUCAUAAAAAUGUAAUCACAGAUUGCACAACAUAUAUCUACCAAUUACAACUUAAGCUUAUGCCAAAUUGUUGAGUUGGAAGAAAUCACAAUUCUUGAAUCUGGCCAAAGAACCUUUUAAAUAAAACGAAGAUUUUGAUACUGAUGAUGAUCUGACAGAAAAGAUUGUCAAAGUAGACGAUAAAAUAGAUUACUAGUAUAACUAUUAUUAAUAUCCUCUAGUGAUUAAAAUUAAUGGCUUACUGCAACUGUCAGUAGAGUUAUGGGCGACUAUGUACAUCUGACUUUCAGUGGCAAAAUGACACCUUAAAAUAUCGAUAUCGAAUUAGAUAAUGAAAGACUCGCCCCCUUUAAUACAUUGUCAUCCAACAAUAAAAUUCCAGGUAUUCUAUACCAUUGAUUUCAAUAGGAUACACGAACAAUAAUUAAGAAAUGGCAUUUGAACACUAAUCAGAUCCCGAUAAUGAUACUGAAGAGGGUAACAAUAAUUCUAUUAAUUAAACUGAUUCAGAUGAUGAGUGAAAUUAAAACAUUAAAGUAUUACAAUAAGC